GGUCAGGUGAAGGAAAGGAAAUCUAGUUCUGAGUACGAGGAAAAUUGUGAUCAGCACUGUAAAGCGAUCAACGAAUCCAUUUGCUAACUGGUCACAGCAGUUCAUGGAACUCAAUGGCAAAUACUUCUUUCUUCUUGCAAAGGGCUUUUAAGUCUCUUAUCCCUUUCCUGAAAGAUUGCUGUCGAUGGCGUACUCCGAGAGGAAGAAGCAUGUCUUCGUCAUGAAAAAGUAGGAGUUGCUUUUCUUUUUUCUAUUAACUGCCUUUGCGAGCAUCAACAAAAGUCUCUUUACCUUCCUCUCGGGAACAGUUGUGGCAACCAGGAGAACUAGACCAAGAAUCUCACUGAAGUCUUUAUCAGGUACACUACAGAAAGCCUGUAAAGUUGGCAUCCCAUAUUCUCUUAUUUAUCCAUUAAAGAUUCUUCAGCAUGCACCUUCCUGGGUGAUCUCUUUUCACAGCUCCUCUUAGUUUCCAAUCUCAACUAUCACCUUUAUUGUUCUAAUACUACCUUCAGUUUCCACACCACUUUGCCAAAAAAGAUGCAGGUUAUAACAUCUGAAACUUGGAAAAGAACUCAGGUCGGUGAACCUACUAACACUCUCUUCUCCUGUGACAUCAUAAGAAGCUACAGGUUAUGGAGUAUGAUCAAGAAGGAGAUCGCCUUUCCAUCUGAUCACCACUUCUAUGCCAACCGCUUGCAGAAGAGUAGAUGCAUAAAUCAAGCUGUGCUUUUAAGUACAUCCCACAGCUUGCUUGCACCUUCCAUGAGGGACGAAAUCUCAUGUCGCCUUUCGUAUGUGGGCAAUAACAUGGUUAUUUCGAUCAGACAGCAAAUCAUGGCGUGAUUUCAUUCUCCAUCAGUUUCAUUGGAGGAGAAGUGUCUCUCAUCAUGGGGAAAUACUUACAGGUUCAACACCAUACCAAGAUAACAUACACAAAAGAACCUUACCUUUCCUUUACUGUUCCUGUUCAGCCUUUCUUUUCAGACAUGCAUUUGGCUUUGGGAGAUGAGACCUUUUGUUUCUGGUUUCAGUUCUUUUCUGAAGAAAAAGGCUAUAUAAGGAGGGUUGAGCUUGGCAGUAAAUGUUGCAUCUAUGACCUUGAGCUCGUCACUCCACACAUAAACCUACUAAGAAGAAUCUCUCAGAACGACCAUGGAAGAAACCCUAGACUACCUAUCUGGCUUCCUGUGCACCGGCCACAAGGUCAAGAAGAAGCAGUUUCAGACCGUGGAGCUGAAGGUCAGAAUGGACUGCGACGGCUGUGAGCUUAAAGUCAAGAAAGCCCUUUCUUCAAUCAACGGGGUUCAAUCGGUUGACGUCGACAGGAAGCAGCAGAAGGCCACCGUCACCGGCUACGUGGAGCCAAACCAGGUCUUAAGGAAGGCCAAGGCCACAGGGAACAAGGCCGAGCUCUGGCCUUACCUUCCUUACAGCUUGGUGACACACCCUUACACCGCAGGCAUCUACGACAAGAAGGCUCCGUCAGGUCACGUUAGGAAUGUGGAGUGUGUUGCCGUGGUCUCCGACCAUGGCCGCAAGCAAGAAGACCAGCUCGCCGAUAUGUUCAGCGAGGAUAACCCCAACUCCUGCUCUAUCAUGUGACAUGUUUUCGUCCUCUGCGACAGCUGUUCACAUACUACUACUGUUCGGUGAUUCCAUGUCUCAGAGUGGGGAAUCGGUGGCGGGGACGAAGGGGUUAUGUCGUGUUUUGUGGCUUUCAGCUUUUUACGUGUGUACUUUUUGUUGGAUGAGCGUUGACGAUUUAUAAAAACAAAAAACAAAAAACAAAAACAAAAA